AUGGACCUGGAGCCAGAUGAUGGGAGCUCAGACGAUGAGGAGGCCGAGCGGAUGGUCCUGGUCGUGAAGCCAGGAUCGGCCAAGUUCAAGGAUGAAGGGGAGCCGGUGGACGAGUUCUUCCAGACGGCCAGGGGGAUCCGUGAGGCGCUGAAGACCCUGGAGGGGAAGGUGAAGGAUCUAGAAAAGCAUCAGACCACGAUUCUGGCCACCCCGCUGCCGGAGGACAGCAUGAAGCGAGAUCUGCAGAGACUGCGUGAGGAGAUCAAGGACCUGGCCAAAGACAUUCGGAGCCGCCUGAAAACCAUCGAGCCCAAGAAGGGUGAGGAGGACGAGAACAGAAACGCCAUCAACACCCGGAUGAAGAGAACCCAGCACGGCAUCCUGUCCCAGCAGUUCUUGGAGCUGAUCAACAAGUGCAACACCAUCCAGUCGCAGUACCGGGACCGCAACGUGGAGCGAAUCCACCGACAGCUGCAGAUCACCGGCGGCGGCGUGGUUUCGGACGAAGAGCUGGAGCAGAUGCUGGAGAGCGGCCAGACGGAGGUGUUUGUCUCUAACAUCAUGAAGGACACGCGUGUGACCAAGCAGGCGCUGAAUGAGAUCGAGACCCGGCAUGACGAGAUCCUCAAGCUGGAGCGCAGCAUCCAGGAGCUGCACGAUAUGUUCACCUACCUCGCCACCGAGGUGGAGCUGCAGGGGGAGAUGAUCGACCGGAUUGAGAAGAACAUCCUGGACUCGGAGGAUUACGUCAAGAAGGGACAUGUCCAUCUCAGCUCGGCCAGGGAGAGCCAGAAGAAAGCCCGCAAGAAGAAGUUCAUGAUCAUCAUCUGCCUUUCGGUCGCCGUCGUCAUCGUUGUGAUUAUCAUCGGAGUGGCCAUCGCCACCGGCUAGACCUGCGUCCGGUUUCCACCCCCUCUCCCCCUGCUGUGGGGCUGGGGCUUUCUGGAUUCGUGAGCACGGCCCCGUCUUCCAGCAGAACCACUGCCCCCUGCUGGGAGGUUUAUGCACUGACGGCCGGAGCGAACGCCGGGUUUAAAUCCUGCUUUUUAAGCACAAGCCAGCCCCCUCCCGUCCAGAACGAUUUCUAUGGACUCCUCGCAUCUCUUGCCUUCGGGGUUGGGGUGAGAUCCGCCCUGAAGAGCCUCUGAUUUUCUGAGGUCUGUGAAUUUGUGGCAUUUUGAUCUGACGGUUCAUCCUCCAUGUCACUUCCUGUGGCUCUGUCCCUCCCCUUUGAGCCUCUUCCUGUUUUGGGCAGUGCCACUUUGCGUGGCAAAGCCCCUCACACUAGCAUUAACUUCAUGCACUGAGCAACCCCACCUCUACCUGGCCAAGCCCACUUCCUGUCUCAUCACCCCUCCUGCCAGUAUCUACUUCCUGUUUUGGGAAAAUCAGCUCCCUGUGGGCCCCGCCUCUUGCUCUCAGUCUCUACUUCCUGUUAUGGUAAUGCCAACUUCCUUUUUGUGCCCCGGCCCCUCCCCUCUGGCAUCAACGUCCUGUCUCGGGCGGGCCUGCUCUCUCUGGUACGGUCCGUGCCCCGCCCCCCUUGCCAGCUGUGCCCACUUCCUGUCUCAUGGUGCCACUUCCUGUGUACCUGCUGCUCUCCCCAACUCCCCUCCUCAGGGUGGGGGACUCCAUGCCACAGUGAGGGUAUUGGGGUGUCCCAGGCCCAUGGGUCGCUGUUUGCCGGGGGGGAGGGGUGCCCUCCGAUCUCCCCCGCUCACAGUGCCCCAUCACUGCCUUAACAGGAGGUUCCCUCUAGGGGGCAGGGUGGGGUCGGUCUCUGUUCACACUGCCAGUGAGGUAAGUGCCAAUGCAGCACGGUGGCUUUUCUGGGAUAGGCCUCCUGUCCCCCCAGCGAGCCAGGACUCCUGGGUUCUCUCCCCAGCUCUGAGGGGAGGCCGACCUCCCCAUGUCUCUUGUGCCUUAACCCCCCGGGGCUCAGUAUUUAAUCAUGAUCCCAUUCAAACCCUGUGUCCCCCCGUCAAUUGACCCUCUCCAUCCCCCAGCCGACUGGCAGGAGGGGCGCCAUUCCACAUGGCCCACUGCGGGCACCUUUGCUCUGCACCCCCCUGCGCCUGCUUUCCCCCCACUCCCAUCAGCCCCUGCUCCACUGCUGUCCUUGGCGCCUCUCCUCCAUCACCCUCCCCAUCAGCCCCCAGCCUUAGCACGGCCUUUCACACUGCUUGCGUUGUACCAAGUGGGGGCCUCACCCCCAGGCCUUGGCUGCCCCUUGGCCCACCCCACCCCCUCAUACCCCACCCCCUGAUCCGUGCGGAUGGGGGGGUGUCAACUGACCUAACCCCCCACGGCAAGCCAGAGAAGGGUUUCUGACCUCCUUGCCCCUCUGCCAAGCUGGGUCUGACUGACGGAAGCAUGAGCCAGAUUUUAGCUGUCCCCAUUAACCAGGCAGAGGAUCAGGACGCCUGGGUUCUUGCCCUAGCUCUUUGUUUUAAUUCUUAACCUCUAAGCUGCAAUGUGGAGUGACAUUUCCCGGUUGCCUUGGCGAUUGAAUGUAACGUGGCCUGACUUGUAUUUUGUAAUAAAAAGG